AGUCUAGUGGUUCUGAAAAUGCAGUCCUUGGACCAGCUUCAUGAGCAUCACCAGGGAAAUUUGGGGGCUAGGCACUGGGGAUUGAACCCAGGGGUGCUUAACCACUGAGCCACAUCCCCAGCCCCCACUUUUUUGCAACUUAUUUACCGACAGGGGUCUCGCUGAGUUGCUUGGGGUCCCACUAAAUUACUGAGGCUGGCUUUGAACUUGGGAUCCUCCUGCCUCAGUGUCCCCAGCGGCUGGGAUUAUAGGCACUUACCACCACACACGGCUAUCAACUGGGAAAUUGUUAAGCAUAUAAAUUUUCGGGCCCCAUCCUAAAUCUAGAAAAUAAACUAUGUGGCUAGGGCCCAACUAUGUGUAGUUUUUAUUAUUGUUGUUGCUGUUUUUGUUUGUCUCUUGCAGUUCUGCAGACUGAACCCAGUACGUUGAACUACAUCCCCAGACCUCCAUUUAUUUAUUUAUUUAAAUUUUGAGACAGGGUCUUCAUAAGUUAUUCAGGAUGGCCUCGAACUUGCGAUCUCCUGCCACAGUCACCUGAGCAGCUAGGAAGGACUACAGGGGCCAUGCUGUUGCUCCUGCUGGGCCUGCUAAGCCCGGUUGCCUGCUGGGCACUGGGCCUGGCCGCUGACCCAGGCUCCUCAGAGCUGCGCUCAGCCUUCUCGGCUGCACGCACAACACCCCUGGAGGGCACUUCAGAGAUGGCAGUGACCUUCGACAAGGUGUACGUAAACAUCGGAGGCGACUUCGACGCAGCCACCGGGCAGUUCCGCUGCCGCGUGCCGGGCGCCUACUUCUUUUCCUUUACUGCCGGUAAGGCCCCGCACAAGAGCCUGUCGGUGAUGCUGGUGCGCAACCGCGACGAGGUGCAGGCUCUGGCCUUCGACGAGCAGCGGCGUCCAGGCGCCCGGCGCGCUGCCAGCCAGAGCGCCAUGCUGCAGCUCGACUACGGCGACACGGUGUGGCUGCGGCUCCAUGGUGCGCCGCAGUACGCUCUCGGCGCGCCGGGCGCCACCUUCAGCGGCUACUUGGUGUACGCCGACGCUGAUGCCGACGCGCCUGCGCGCGGGCCGCCCGCGCCCCCCGAGCCACGCUCUGCCUUCUCGGCGGCGCGCACGCACAGCCUGGUGGGCUCGGACGCGGGCCCUGGGCUGCGGCACCGGCCGCUCGCCUUUGACACCGAGCUGGUCAACAUUGGCGGUGACUUCGACGCGGCGGCCGGCGUGUUCCGCUGCCGCCUGCCCGGCGCCUACUACUUCUCCUUCACGCUGGGCAAGCUCCCGCGCAAGACGCUCUCGGUGAAGCUGAUGAAGAACCGCGACGAGGUGCAGGCCAUGAUCUACGACGACGGCGCGUCGAGGCGCCGCGAGAUGCAGAGCCAGAGUGUGAUGCUGGCCCUGCGGCGUGGCGACGCGGUCUGGCUGCUCAGCCACGACCAUGAUGGCUACGGUGCCUACAGCAACCACGGCAAGUACAUCACCUUCUCCGGCUUCCUGGUGUACCCCGAUCUCACCCCCUCUGGCCCGCCGGGACUCGGGCCCCCGGAGCUCUGAGCCCCGACCGAUCCCAGAGGAGCCCCGGAGGGCCAAGGGGCGUGCAUGCCGAGCCGGACCGCGGCCCGAACGCCCCACCGGCGCGAGCAUGACGGCCUGCCCAGCGCGGCUGGACUCUGCCAAUAAAGUGGGCCUGCGCCGGCCAGCCCAA